UUGUGGUUCUCUGCCUGAACCGGGGAGCAGAGUCUACGCGGGCGGCAAAAAUCCCUUCUCUUCUUUCAGCUUGCAAAGGGUGCAGAAGUGGGUCUGGUCACAUGACCUGAGAACUCAAGCCAUAUAACUCACCAAUUGCUGCCUUUUCCAAACUGGACUUUCACCCCAAACUGGGAAGCGCUGGGAAAUAAAGGAAGAAGAGUUGCUGCCAAUUAAAAGAUCAUGUGGAGAGGAAGACGGAUAGAGGAGCUGCCGAGCCCAGCGUUUGUGGUGGACCUCGAUGUGGCCAAGAGGAACGCCCAACGAAUGAGAGAGCGAUGCCGGGAAUUGGGGGUCACCUUGCGCCCGCACAUGAAGACCCACAAAACCCUGGAAGGUGCUCAGCUCAUGACGGACGGCACGCAUCGCCGGAUCGUGGUAUCCACUUUGGCCGAAGCCCGGUUCUUUGCCGACGAGGGCGGCUUCGAGGACAUCCUCUUUGCGUACCCGCUGCCUUUUGACAAGGUGGAAGAGUGUGCCGCAUUGGCGGAGCGCAUAGAGGCCUUCCAUGUGCUGGUAGACAGUGCAGAGGCUCUGGCGCAACUGAAGCGAAGGCCACUGAGGAAGGGGAAAGACAAGCGCUGGAAAGUGUGGCUCAAGAUCGACUGCGAGAAUCACAGAGCCGGUUUGAAGCACGACAACCCUGCUGCAGUCGAAUUGGCCAAGUCCAUUGCAGAAGGGGCAACGACGGAGCUGGCCGGAGUCUAUGCCCAUUGCGGAAACUCCUACGGCUGCAACGGGGUCUCCGACAUCCAGUCGAUCGCUCGGACCACCACUCAGCUGACCCUCCAAUUCAUGGAGAAGCUGAAGGAGGCCGGCGUGGCGUGUGACGUGAGCAGCAUCGGCUCUACUCCUUCCUGCAGCCACCCGGUACCCGAAAUGGCCAAACUCACCGAAGUUCACCCUGGAAACUAUAUCUUCUAUGAUGUGCAGCAGAUGAUGAUUGGGUCUUGCCGACUGGAGGACAUCGCCGUCCGGGUCUUGACCAGGGUCAUCGGCCAUUACCCAGACCGCAACCAGCUGCUGGUGGACUGCGGCUGGACCGGCCUGAGCCUCCACAGCCUGGGCCAGCUGCCCACUGGAUACGCCAUCGUGGACGGCCACCCGGAGCUCAAGGUGGUGGGCAUGACCCAGGAGCAUGGGAGGGUCGAAGCCAUGGAUGGGAAGCUGGAUUUCGCCCAAUUUCCCCGGGGAAGCCUCCUCCGCCUCAUCCCUUAUCACGCCUGCGCCACGGCUGCAAUGCACCCGCUUUACUACGUCCACAGCAAGGGGCACGUGGUUGAAACGUGGAAGCCGGUCCGGGGCUGGUAGGAGGACGAGGAGAGAGUCCCGGAAAACGUUGUUGGUCUUCGGUUUGCAGCAGAAGACGGAGAGAUUCCUUCAACUCCAAUCCAUGCAUAACACUCUGUAAACACUAUGAUUUUUGUUCCUGGGUUAUAAACGUAAUUUCCUAA